AAAUAUAGUCAGAAUGACGAGGCCUCGGAUUGUCCGGGCUGGUAUGUGCAACGAGUGGAAAUCAUGUGGCCGUCGCGCUGAUCAGCAAAUGUAUGAUGACAGAUACCAUGGACCUCCAGGACCAGCAUGCCCCUUCCGCCAAAGAUCACUCCAGACAGCCCAUGAAUCCAUCGGGCAUUGCCCCCCACCAGGAACAAGCGCUUCGCCAGGCCGACCAGGAUACCAAAGCUGAAAUCAUGCAUGGUCCCAGCGCCCAUGACGGCCAACCCGGUGACAACCGCGCCGACGGGAUCGAUAUCUACGAUGAUGACGAUGACGACGACGACGACGACGAUGAAGACGAAGAGAUUGAGGAUAUAGAUCACCACGGCGAUCGCUCCGGGGAACACGAAGAAGGCGACCUGGCCGACGGCGAAAGUGACGACAUGCUAGAUGACGAUAUGAUGGAUAAGAUUUCGAGCUCUCCGUCCAUUGACGACGAGGAUAUUGACUUCGAAUUCGUCUAUGCGCUGCACAACUUCUACGCGACCGUCGACGGACAGGCUAACGCCUCGAAGGGUGACACCAUGGUGCUGCUGGAUGACAGCAACAGCUACUGGUGGCUUGUGCGGAUUGUCAAAGACGGCAGUAUUGGCUAUCUGCCGGCUGAACACAUUGAAACUCCGACCGAGAGACUCGCCAGAUUGAACAAGCACCGCAACGUGGAUCUUUCGGCAACCAUGCUCGGAGACAAUUCCGAGAAAUCGAAGAACCCGCUGAUGAGGGCGGUGCGUCGCAGAACCACCAAAAACGUCCAGUUCACCGCUCCGACGUACAUCGAGGCGUCUGAUAUCGAGUAUUCCAGCGACGAGGACUUGGACGACGCCGCGUCCUUCAACGAUGAUGAGGGUUCGCGAGCGGAGGCGGAGGAUGCACACGACGGCCAAUCCGAUGACAUCGUUGUCCAGCCCUUGAGGACCAAGUCGCAACGUGAUAAGGGCGCCGAAGAAGGCAGCGUCGACGACACUGAAGAGCCCGCGGGCAACAGUCCGAUCAAGCAACGCUCUAGCCAGGAGCUAUUCGAGCCCGAAACCGACAACAGUGUGAGCCGGUCGCGAAAUGGCACCGUCCGCAAUACCGAUUCCUUCUUCAGAGACGACACCGUCGAGACCAAGAAGAUUUCCCUGACACCCAACCUGCUCCGGGAUGAAGUCGGCAGUAGUGCUCUCUCCAGCGAUGCCAGUGAGAACCGCGGUAGCAUGGAAAAUAUCGACAAGACCCUCAGUGCGAUUGAUAAGAGCAAAGAGGAUAAAAAGCGCAAAGACAAGAAGUCUGGGAUGUUGAGCGGCCUUUUCAAGAGGAAGGAUAAGAAACCGAAGUCCCACGACGAGGAUACUGAUGAGGCGGAGAAAAACUCGAACGAAUUCUCCCGAUCUUCCCCUCAGCCUAAAACAUCCCUGGAUUCGAUUCCCUCCCCCGUCUCUCCUGAAGCUCGAUCCCCCAAGCAGAUGAUGGUGCAGAAACAGCCCAGUAAGCUGCAGAAGCAACCUCCGGUGGCACUCUCUCCAACGAAGCAGGAUUUCCCUCGUGAACAGGAGCCGGCUAGUAUUGACCGAAGCAUCAAGUCUGCGAUGAGCAGCAAGUCGGAUCAGACCAUCCGACAAGUCACGUCGGAAGAAGCGGAUGACAUUCCUUCAUCCCCCCCACUGGGGCCGUUCGACGACAGCCAGGAGAUCAUGGUGUCUUCCGCUCGGGUACCGAGCCCUGCGAAGAAACUGGUGCAGCCCGACCCGCAGGAUCCAAUAACGUCACCAGUUGAAUCGAACGGCGACUGGCAAGAAGCGUCCGAGAAUGUAUCCUAUGCGCAGCGUUCGGUGGCCUCGCCCCCACAGCGAUUCCAGCCUAGACAGUUGAAUUAUGAGAAUCAGGGGUUCGACUCUCCGGACAGUGCUUCAAUCGAAGAGCCCCCAGUCUCGCCUCUCGGGCCCGGAUCAGGGAUGGAUUUUUCCAAUCUGGCAAGACAUUCUGUCGUCUCGGUUUCCCCGCCCAUGUCUCCUGUUACGAGUCAUCGCGACAGUCGAGGCAUCGAUGCCCGUUCCUCGUUUAGCAACGCAUCUGCGCCUACCCCUACAUGGAGCGACGCGAGCUUGCGGUCCUACCUGGAAGAGGAGAACGAUAUCCGUGACUUGUUCGUCAUCGUCCACGACAACUCGAAUAUUCCGCCAGCUGGACCCGAUCACCCGAUCACCGGCUGCCUCUUCAAGGAAGAGAGCAAGCGGUUGCGCGAAAUGAGCAGCCAGCUGGAUUCCAUGCUGGCUGAAUGGGUGGGUCGACGAGUGCGGGAGUCGGCAAGUAGAGCGGAUGUGCGGUCUCAGGCUUGAUGCCUGUCGUAGAAGGUGGAUUGUCCAUCGUCGAUGAACUUUUCGUCCCGCUUCCUAACCACCCCAUAGGCUCUGUGAACUUGCCAUGUGCUGGCCACAUGGAAAGGGUUGGCCUAUGG